AUGUGCUUGUGCUGCAGUCCUCUGACCAUCACAGACGGCCUCCACACCACCGAGACGUCCCUCACGCCGCUUUGUCUGGACAAUCUGCGCGCACGACAUCCCAGCCGAAAAAUUGCUGCCGGCACCACCUGGACCGUCAAAAAGUUCACUAUACGCUACACCUCAUACGGCCCCCCACGCCGCAAACUCUGCAUCUUACUAGAUGCUGUCGAUUGUGUCGACGUCGCUCAAGGCACCCUCCCUCGCAUCGCAUCGGUCCUGAACCGCUCCGACGAGAUAGCGUCGGCGCUGCAGCGCAUCCACGACGCCCGCGUGCAAGACGACGGCCGGAGCUUGCGCUUGCAGCCAAAAGACGACGAGCGUCCAGACGACGAGCAUCCAGACGACGAGCAUCCAGACGACGAGCAUCCAGACGACGAGCAUCCAGACGACGUCAUCCACAACAUGGCUGGCGCCGACGGGCCGCUCGACGAGGUUGCCUCGAUGCACACGCAGAUGCCGUUUGGCACGCAAAUACAGCACCUGGCAAGGUCGCCGCCGAGCGAGGACGAGGUUUCGUUUGUGGGCAUCAACAGAAUGGAGCCCGUGUUGGCAGGGAACACACAAAGGGCAGAGCUCAAGUCCCGCUCCGGCAGCUCAGCAGACGACCGGCGAAGGCAGGCACAGCUGUUGUCGCUUUUGAGUAGAAGAAAAGUGCAGCCACCGCCAUCUCCCCAACGACCCAGCCCCGAGAGGAUGGACAAGCCACUCGCGCAAGCAAGUCAACCCCAGCAAGCAAGCCAACCACCGCAAGCAAGUCAGCCCCCGCAAGCAAGCCAACCCCCGCAAGCAAGUCAACCCCCGCAGGACAAGGACAAGAAGCACACGCGAGAAGCAGACACCGCGUCGCCAUCAAGACCCUCCGCGAAGAAGCCCUCUUUCUCCGAACCUCGACCCCAGCGGAGCAACGUCGGCAAAGACAAGUCUGCGACCGAGUGCUCGUGGAUGAAGGGACUUGCUCUCAAUCGGCUCACUGCCACCGUGCCCGACGACCAGCGCUACCUUCUCAACCAGCCCGAAAGCUGGGCCAAACAAGCAAACUUUCCUCCGACGAACGUGCCCACCAGUCUUUUCGUCAUCUUCAGCAGAAUGACGGACGAAAAGGCUGCCCUCGAGGGUGCGACCAGCUCGGGCUCAUUCCACGACACUCCAUCGUCCGCGUCUCACCCUGCUGAUUCUGCCCCUCAGCCGACGGACGAGCAGGACACGGAGUCUGAAGACGAAGCUCCCACCAGUCCAGUCUCCUGGCACACUUCACCCAGCCCGCAGCCGCCGCAACGUCCGACCAUACCGCACCCAGGGCUCCCUCCAGAUUCCAGCCUUGAAAUACCUGAAGAUGUAGCAGAAACAGCAGAAUCACAGAAGCCUGCAGCGAGACGCGAACAGCCGCCACUGUCUACGCUCCCCGUCUCCUCGCGCGGGAACGAAGAAGAGCUUCCGCCAUCCUCGCCCCCGGCGCAACUCGCAGCCCUCGACAGUGACGACGACACGGAACUGGAGACCUCGGUCCCUCGGGCACUGGGUGAAGAUCUGUCACAACCGACUUCGCGUCCUGCCCAGCGUCACGAUCUACCUACCGAAACAAGCACCAAGUCUGUCGUACAAGUAAAGGAAACGUCCCACGUCAAGGGCGAGAACGGGCAGCAACCUGCUGUGACAGUGUGUCGUCCGACACAAGGAUCAGCCAGCAACUCGUCUUCUGCGUCUUUUGUACGAGGCACAUGUCAUCAAGACCCGAGUUCCUCGGCAGUGGAAGAGACCACGCUGGAUGGUCUUCGCAAGGGCAGCGACGACCAUCAGCCUCAAGUGAGCGCCGAUCUACAGGCUGAGACGCAAGAUGCCCAGGUUGUGGCUGAUGAUGAUGCCCAAGACAUGUCCAUGUUCGGCACGUUUGUUCACAAAGACCCCCUGAUGGAAUCGGUGCUGCCAGGUGACGGUGGAAAGCAAAAGCGCAAUCUACAAGCAGGAAUCGCAGCCGCCAUCCAAGCGCCACCAGAGCCAACACCCAUGUCUGCCCAGCGCCCACCAAAAGACUCAAGCUCGGGCGAACAGCCCGCAACAACACCCGCUGAGCUCGCAAUGCCAGUACCGGCGCAACCUGAAGGACGGCCGUCCCGGCAGCCGUCAGAGACGCCUAGUCUCGUCAAACGUAAGCGUGGAGCGUCUCCUCCUGAUCGCAGGCGAAGUGCAAAGGCCAAGCGCCCAAAGUAUGCUUUUGGAGGCCUCAAUCCCGAGACCAUGAUCCGGCAGCGCAGAGAAGCUGAACAGAUCCAACGGCAAAAGCCAACUACGGGUGCCGAGAGCAGACAAGGAUCGGUGACCACCGGGCCUGUACAACAGGAUUCGGACUCGAGAAUGGAAGACUCUGAUGCCAGAGAAAAGGCCCAGAUGGAAGAAACGAAUGCUGCAGUAGCAGGUGCUAUGUCGCCUCGCCAUCAAAGUCUCUACGCGACGCCCAGCCCAGUCCUGCGUCCAGUGGCAGUACCCCUUACAGAUGAAGCCAUUCCCGCGGGCCCUCCUGCUGCGCAACGAGCAGAAGCACGGCCGCAACCUGCGAGCCUGCCAGCACCUCGACCGGAGUCGCAGGAGAAGCCACCGUCUACAUCUGCGCCAAGGCCCAUGGCCAGACCACAGCCUGCACUCGGCCAACCGAGCUCACCAAGCCGAGAGGUUCGACUCGGCACAGAGCAGGUCUCACCUGCCGUUCCCGGCGACAGCUCAGCCUCCUGCACAGUCUUUGAAAAGUUCAAGUCUGCGUAUCCCGAGUACAAAGCCAAUCCGAAGCACUUUGCAAACCAGUGCAAGCUGAUCAAAGAGCUCGAUCGAGAGGAUAAAAUGGUGCCCAAAUGGAUGUGGGACGACUUCAUCGUCCGCAAUCGGACAGACUAUGCGCAAUAUGCAGCGGAUUGCAUUGAAUCUGGAGAAGAGCCCAUGAAGUACAUACGCUUUUACAAGGACACGAUCCGCGACGCAAUCUUCAACAAGGGCGUCAUCGCGACUAGAGCGGCUUUGGAGCAGGCACUCCAGGAAUGCGGUGUUCAGCCGAUUGAGCGACCUUCUCGGCCGUCUUCGCACCAUUUCUCGGAUGCUCAUCCAGUGCGUCGAAAGUCAGCACAGCAAUUCCCUCACGAGUCCCUACAGCCGUCGCCACGACAGUCUACUCCGCGACAGGCCCACUCCCCGAUGCCGCCGCCUGCUCAGCCAGCAAGCACGCCGUCGAAAAAGAAGCCGUCUCGGAAGUCUCUUCCCUUUACGGUAACCAGCAGCGCCUUCUCGGCUCGUGUCAACGGCACGGCGCAGGUCCGUCACGCGAGCCCAUCCCGCGCUGCGCCAGCAUCGACCUCCGCCCAGACGGCCUCGACACUGCAGAGUUCGCGAUCCAGCUUCGGCAACCGGCUUCGCUUGUACAGCUCGGAACCAUCAGCCUCUCCGCUCGAGACAGGGACAGGGAACGAGUACCGCAACUUUGUCAAGGCGCACGAGGCGUUGUCCGCCACGACGGGGAGUAAAUGGGUAAGCGCAACCCCAGCUCCAAGGAGGCACAAGAGCACCGGCGGGCCUGGGAGCGAGACGCGCAAGUACUGA